AUGCAUGUAUACGGUGAAUGCUUGAGAAAGGCGUAUUGUCCAGAAAAUGAGGUAACGGUUCUCCUGAGACCGGAAAGUCGAACGAAACCGCCAUUGCUUUGUUUGAAUAAUAAGAGAUUAUUCGAUAGUUCAAAAUUGGUUAGAGGAUUAAAUAUCGCUAUUUUGAACAGUGACAAAAACGUGGUCGGUGUACAUUAUUUAAGCGUUCAAGAUAGUGAUUUUUCUGUUAUAAAGCUAUUGGCACAAGUACAUAGUCAUGAAAUUAUUGUAGGAACUUCAUAUGGUGAUAUUUCAUCAAAGAUAUCAGCUGAAACACGGCAGUUGUUGCGCUUAUUCGGUUUAUCACUUGUACAGUACAAAGCAGAGAGCAGCAUACUUUUUGUGGGACAGUUAGGCCUAUCGGUUGCAGCAGCUUUUGAAAAGGUUGUUUCACUGGAAAUAGUAGAACCGAAAUAUUAUGUCAGAUGUUUGAAGGCACCGAUGGGUGAAUUGUCAAAUGUUACGAUACGAGUACCUGAAGCACACCAUAUUGAUGAGCAUAUUGUUGCUCAACUAUCAGUUGUAAAAGGACAGAAAAUGAAUGUGAAAUUAGGUGCAGAAUUACCGAAUUGUGGUCACCCAAAGAACUGUCCGGAAGAUGAAAUUCCGAUGCUUUUUUAUUCAGGAAAGGACAAAGAUGAUGCACCUCAGUUGUGUGUUAAUGGAAGAUUAAUAAUGGACCGAGAUUUAAAUUCUGCUGGUCGUGGACUGAAUUUGGUUGUAUUAGAUUCUAAAACUCACCAAGUAAUGCGUACUGGGCACUAUGAUACUUACCUUGAAGAUAGCUCGGCACUAGUUUUAUUUUUGGAGCAACUGUCACCCGGAGAAAUUGUAGCUGUAGUCAGUUUUGAUGAGGCAUCGAAUAGCUUGUCAGACAUGGCAAAACAUAUUUUCUACGAGUUAGGCUCAAGCCUCAUAUAUCGAUUGAAAUUCCGUGCUUCAUGGUAUUUCAUUGGCCAGAAAGGAAUAGAUGGUUACACACCAUUCGAGGAUAUGAAUUUACCAUCUGGCAACGACUGGGCUAAACCGAUUAGACAAACCAUUUGUGUACCCUCAGUGUUGGAUGGACUCAAAACAGUAAAAAAUCGUUUGCCAAAGGCACAAAACAUGCUCCGGAGACAUUUUUGUUCCCGGUAUGAUGGUUAUGAAGACUUUUGUGACGAAAGCCGUAUCGAUGUUCCAUUAGUACCACGCAGUGGUCAAAUUCAUUUGUCGUCCACCGAUCCCAUUUAUUCGAUCCCAAUAUUACUUGCUGGAGGUUUGAAUAUGAAUAAUAUACGUCUAUGCUUGGAAAGCAUUUACGAUCAAGACGGUAUUAAUCCGCAAAACGUUGUUGUUGCUUUUGAUUCUAUUUAUGGUGAAAUAUCGGAUCUGAGUGCACUAUUUCAUGUUAGAGCUUUGCCAAUCAACAACUCUGCUUCUUACAACGAUUUCGUGCUAAAAGGCAUUGAUCAUAUAAUGACGCUGUUCCCAUAUGCACCAUGUCUAAUUGUUAUUGAAGAAGACAUGAUUUUGUUGCCUGUUGUUAGAAGUCGUGAUAUGGAUCUUUCGUUCGUAUAUCGUAUCGAAAGUGGUGCUGCAGCUGGUGCUUAUAUGGUUAAAAAGUCAUUUCACGAUAAAUUUCUAAAAAAUCGGCAGUGUUGUGAAAGAACGAAAUUUGGUUGGUUGUUUUCUGCUGUUGCAUAUAUAGCCGCUGUAUCUCGUGUUGAACAUAUCAAAACAUUUGAUUUGAUUGCGUUAACAGAAGACGGUGUCUCAUCAGUGGAAUCACCCGGAAAUAGUAGUAGUAAUCUGUUGAAUGGCGAUGAAAAAAUCCAAAAUGCAGAUCGAUUAAGUGAAGAGACUUAUGACGCAGAAUUGGGAAAAAUCAUUGAUAAUGGCUGGAAAUUUUAUGUGAAGGGUUAUGUUAGUUGUCACGAUGAUAUGUUCAGUGCACGUGGUGGGGUAGAUUCCAGUACUGCUACUGAUCCUGCCGUCAUUAUUGUAUAUGAUGAAAGUACAGAUGCAUUGUCACAAUUAGCUCAAUGUUUUCAUUUGCAUAUUAUGAAGAAUUAUCCAUUAGGUUCAUAUAAAGGGACCAUACGAAUCUCAAAUACACAUACAUCGUACGUGCUGGUUGCAAGUAGUAGCCCCUUUCUUGAAACCAAAUCACAAAAUCUCAAUUCGACAUCUCAGUCUUUAUAA